AUGGAGGCCAGUGGACCUGCGGAGACACCUCAGCAGCAGCAGCAGCAGCAACAGCAGCAGCAACAGCAGCAGCUAACAAGAGGAGGCUCAGGAGACAGCACAGUGCCCCCAGACCCUCGCCCUAAACUCAACAAGAGACGCAAAAGCCUAGGAAGGGGUGUCUCCUUUAAGGAUACGACAGAAGAAUACAACUUCCUUAAAGACGGACUCAGCAAGGAGGAGACGGCGUCUCGCCAUUCACGAAGCCGUGUGGCUUCGUUUGACUGCACGCGUUUGCUGCGAAGUUUGAAGUACCAGGCUUCAUCUCCUGACGAAGUUUGUCUCGUCUCUGCUGCCAGUCAUAUGGGAUAUUCUCUUGCAUUUAGAGGGCCUGCCUCUGUUGUCUUGCAGAUAAACGACGAGUUGCGGAGUUGGCAGAUAAUUGGGGUAAACGAAUUUUCCUCGAAAAGAGCGCGGAUGAGUAUUGUACUCAGACCCACUACUUGGACCCAUGGGGCUGUCAUGUAUGCUAAAGGGGCUGACACCGCGAUGCUGCCGCUUCUAACAAGCUUUGAGGGUUUGAUUGAAGAGAGGACGUCUCUAAUGAGGAAUGAAGGGGGCCCCCUAUCUGAGGGGGGGCCCUCUGGUGUACGAAGAGAUACAGAGACACCUCCGGGGUGUACAGACGGUUGCAUGCGGCACAGCGGAGUGCCGCUGCAUGCAUCUGGGGCCCCCAGCCCCACCAAGACCAGCAGCAGCAACAGCAGCAACAGCAGCAGCAAGAGCAGCAACAGCCCAGUUAAUAGCUCUCCUACUGAAAAGUAUUAUUAUAAUAAAAACAGCAAACAUCAUCAUGAAAACAUACACAAUACCAGUACCUUGGAUAUUGACCCGGCGCUCGUCGAAGAACACCUAAAAAUAUUCUCCCUCCAGGGACUCCGCACAAUGGUGCUUGCAUGCAAGUAUAUGAGCCAGGAGGAGACAGAGGCAUACCAGCGUCUGUAUAACGACGCCUGCUCUUCCGUCUAUAGCAGAGAAGAACGCCUGGAACAGGUGGCGGAGCAGUUUGAACGGGAGUUGACUUACUUAGGCAUCACUGGAGUCAGAGACAAACUGCAGGCCUAUGUCCCGGAGACACUUGAGCUGAUGAUGGAGGCAGGCAUUCGCGUCUGGAUCGCUACAGGAGACGAUGUGGAGUAUGCACUCCACGUCUGUCACAGCUGCCGUCUCCUCACGAGUCAAACCAAAGUCUUCCAUGCUGCUCUAGCCACGCGAGGGAAGCGAGCGAAGAGAGAAGGCAUGCUAUUAUAUGAUAUGUUUAAAGAGGCGAGGAUAUUAAAGAGAGCAGAUGAGCAUAUUUGUUUGGUUGUUACGGGACCCAACCUCACUGCCUUUCUAAACCACCCAGACCUCCAGACUUGCUUCUUGAACAUGGCUUGCUGCUGCGAUGUUGUGGUGGCGGCGCGAGUCACUGCAACACAGAAGGCAGACAUGGUGCGGUUGGUGAAGAAGCGUCUCACCCCACAGCCCAUCACCUUGGCAAUAGGUGAUGGAGGUAACGACGCACCUAUGCUACAAGAGGCGAGCGUUGGAGUUGCAGUGAGGACAGAGAGAGGGACAUCUGUUGCGGGUUUUGCUGACUUUGCUAUCUCUGAGUUCCGGUAA